AUGAUCCUUGUUCUUGUAGAUGCUCACAGCAAACGGAUCGAGGCCGUACCAAUGAAGCAGGCGACCACAUCUUCGACUAUCACUUGCCUGCGCAGCUUCUUCAGCAGGUUCGGCAUUCCGCGCGCCCUUGUUUCAGAUAAUGGGACGCAGUUCUCUAGUGAAGAGUUUGCCGAUUUCAUGAAUAAGAACAUAACUCACCUGCGCACGGCUGCGUUUCAUCCCCAGUCGAAUGGCCUUGCAGAGAGAGCUGUUCGAACCGUGAAAGCUGGGCUGAAGAAGAUUAACCAGGGCGGAUUAGAAGAUUGCCUUUGCAGACUACUCUUCAAUUACCGGAGAGCACCCCUCGCAUCGGGCAAUUCUCCUUCGGAGCUUCUCCUGGGAUACCAAAUUCGGCUUCGUCUGGACACGUGCUUUCCUCCCUUGAUUGCAGGAAGAUCAGGUGAAUCAGAUGAGUGGACCCUGGCACCGGACGCGAAUGUUUACAUCCGCAACUUUGGUAAGGGUGAAAAGUGGAAGACCGGCACGGUACAGUCGACCGACGGAGCGAGGAUGGUGACAGUCGAGACGCCAGAAGGCCUUGUUCGGAGACAUGUGGAUCAAGUUCACACAAGGAGAGACUCGGUUGAACCCCAACGUGACAGGGAAGGGGAUAGUAUGCCUAAGUCGAGAACUACGCAAGAAACUUCCGGAUCAGGACCAAGCGUGAAGGCGGAACUCCGUGAGCCACCACACCAGCUGCAGUCAUCAUCCCCAACCCAAGACCAGGAAAAGCAGAAGACCAGGGAACCUACAGUGACCACAGAACUCCGGCGCUCAACACGACAGCGUAAACCUGUGCAGCGUCUCCAGUAUUAUUGA